AUGGCUUCGUCUCUCUACACGAAAUCGUUUCUAGGGGCUGCAUCUUUGGACGGACCCUCUCGUUUCGGAUUUUUACAACCGUCGGAAAUCCGGAAGCUCUCGUCUCCGGUUCUUCGAGUCUCCACUCUCCGAUCACAUCCCCAAAAACUUGAGAUACAGGCUGUUGGGAGUACAUAUGGAACGUACUUUCGGGUUACGACAUAUGGAGAAUCUCAUGGUGGUGGCGUUGGUUGUGUGAUUGAUGGAUGUCCCCCUCGACUUCCCCUAUCAGAAGCUGAUAUGCAACUAGACCUUGACAGAAGGAGGCCUGGACAGAGCCGAAUUACUACACCUAGAAAAGAGACUGACACAUGCCGAAUAUAUUCGGGUGUUGCUGAAGGGGUGACUACUGGAUCUCCAAUCAUGGUAAAAGUGCCCAACACAGAUCAGAGGGGACAUGAUUAUAGUGAGAUGUCACUAGCUUACAGGCCUUCUCAUGCAGAUGCCACUUAUGACUUUAAAUAUGGUGUGAGAUCAGUACAGGGUGGUGGUAGAUCUUCUGCUAGGGAAACAAUCGGCAGAGUUGCAGCUGGAGCUGUUGCUAAGAAAAUUCUCAAGCAAUUUUCAAGAACUGAGGUGCGUCAUUUGGCUGUGGGAUGGCGGUUGAGCCUUAUUAAAUGUUGUGCUAAGGUGUUGCAUGCACAUGAGUAG